ACUUCUUCCUGAGACGACGACAGAGACACAGGCGACCAGCAAAAUGGCGCCGAGGCCCACCAGGACGGGCCUCGUCUCGCAGCACUGGCAGCUCGAUGUCCUCAUCGUCUCGCUCGCCGUCAAGCUGCUGCUCAUCCCCGCCUACCACUCAACCGACUUUGAGGUCCACCGGCACUGGCUCGCCCUCACCCACUCGCUCCCGCUCUCGCAGUGGUAUUUCGACGAGACCUCGCAGUGGACGCUCGAUUACCCGCCUUUUUUUGCCCACUUCAGCUGGUUUCUCUCCUUGCCUGCCAAGCUUGUCGAUCCAAAGAUCAUCGACCUUCGCAACGGGCUCGGGUACACAGGAGGCUGGUGCAAGCCAUACAUGCGCCUCAGCGUCAUUGUCACGGAGCACCUCUCGCUCGCAAGCGCUCUCUGGGCUCUCAGCCGACCAUCUUCGCAAUCUGCAUCGGGAACGGCGGAGCAGACAUCACCGCCAACACCUCCCCUUGUCGCAGCGGCCAUCCUCCUGCACCCAGGCCUCGUGAUCGUCGACCACAUCCACUUUCAGUAUAAUGGCUUCCUCUUUGGCAUACUCUUCUGGUCCAUCUGGGCCGCAAGAGAGGGCCGGCCGCUGCUCUGUGCGCUGCUAUUUGCCAGCCUGCUCAACUUCAAGCACAUCUACAUCUACGUCGCACCGGCUUAUUUUGUCUACCUGCUUCAGACCUAUGUGCUCAAGCCGCCCUCGGCAGGAGGCUCAGGAGCCAUCACGGGUGCCGGCGAACGCCUUUUCACACUUGGUACCAUCACACUGAUGCCCUUUGCCCUUAGCUUGAUGCCACUAUUGGCCUCGGGCUUGACGGCAGAGGCGCCCGCAGGAUCUUUCGGCAUCGUCAAGCAAAUGGUGUCGAGGCUGUUCCCCUUCAGCAGAGGCCUCAACCACGCCUAUUGGGCUGCCAACUUCUGGGCACUAUACACGUUCGCCGACCGCGUGCUCAUCAAGCUCGUCGGCGUCAUGGCCUGGGCCGACGACGAGAAUGCACAGGUCUCUGCCUCGCGCGGCAUCAUUGGCGACACCGUCUUUGGCGUUCUGCCUCAGAUUACGGCGGGCCACUGCUUCCUCCUGACCUUGGCCUUCACCGUUGUCUUUUCGGCCAGGCUGUGGUUCCGACCGACGUACCACUCAUUCGUCGAGUCAAUUGGCCUCUUCGGCCUCACUUCGUUCCUCUAUGGCUUCCACGUCCACGAAAAGGCUGUCCUCGUCGGUCUCCUUCCCCUGACUCUCCUAGCAUCGCUCGAUUACCGGCUGGCAAGGAGCAUCCUCGUUCUGUCCCUCAGCGGCAUUGUGGGAUUGUUUCCGCUGCUGUACGAGGCAAGAGAGACACCCAUCAAGGUCGCCUACACGCUCUUGUGGACCAUCAUCUUCUUUUCCGGGUUGGGAAGGGCCGUGUACCGUCCCGUUCCAACCAAUGUUGGCGUAUUUGUGGCCCAUUGGCUAGAGGAAGCCUACCUUGUCGGCUUCGUUGCCUUACAGGUCUUUGUCAGUGUCGGUCAUCCGCUUCUCGUGGGCUACCUCGCGUCGUCAUCGCCGUCGCUGCUGAGCAAGACGGAGGAACACGCACAGGCGCUUGUAUCGUCCAUUGUUGCAGCCGCUUCUUCUUCUAGCUCUUCUGUCUCAGCAUUAGCAGCGUCAGCCUCUGCCGCCGCCACUGCUGCGCCUUCACCCACCGAAGAAGCGUCCAAUGCAGCCUCGUCGGUGCUUUCUUCCCUCUCGUCAAUCGCUGCUCCGCUCGCCUCGUCCGCGUCCUCGUCCGGCUUCCUCGCCACGGCUAUCUCUGUGGCCCGCCUCGCCUCUCCUAAACAGCCGCCAUCGCCCGCGAUACCUGUGCCAGAGCCCUCAAGCGCCAAUCUCGAGUUUCUCCCACUGAUGCUCACGAGCGUCUACUGCGCCAUCGGCGUCCUCUGGGCCUGGUUUGUGCUUGGCAUCCGAUAUCUCUUGGCCCCGGCGACUGAAGAGGAGAAAAGCGAAGAUGCCGCCGCGCCAACUCGGAAGGGCGUUCCUGUCAACGUCUUGCCACCAAGCCCAGAAAAGACAAGAAAGUAGACAGGUUCCUUGAAAUGCAAUUGAACUUGGUUAAGUAC